AUGUCCACCACAACGAGCCAGGCUGAGAGUACUCCCGAGUCGCGCAUUCUAGUCGACACAGGACUUUCAAAAGCUGCCAAAUUCCGUGUUGAUUCCGUUGAUCCCAAUCAUGCGCGCUGUCUUGUCGAAAACUGCCCACCAGAACGUGCGGUCAAUUACUGCCAUCUCGUACCUCGCAGAGUCUCGUGGAAAGAAGAAGAUUUUAUGGAUAGCGUGGAAUGGUACUGGAAUCUGAGACGAGGUAGUUUGAACCUAGACACGAGACGCAACAUCUUCCGAGCUGGAUCGUCUCUACACUGGCUUCACGAUCAACAUCAGUGGGCCCUACUACCUCCCCCCGACAUUGUCGAUAUAUACGCACACAGUCUUAUCGAUGCACCCGCUGCUAUACGUCUUGCAGAUCGAAAGGCCUUUCCGACAGUCCCGGAUGGAAUUUACGAAUAUCGGUUGAUUCCCCUGCGUGAUAUGCAAAACGUUGGCAUCAGCCGCCAAUCCACCGACAACCCCCCAACGCCCAACAGCUUCACCAACUAUGUCUACCCUUUCAACGAGAUGCCACCGCUUCGUUCUCAUAUUCACCCGAAGUUUGCCAUUCUGGAAUUUGGUCGUAAAUUGAAAAAGAUGUCGACUGCCGCUCUGGUGAAUGCACUACGCCACACACCAGCGCUUGCCGACAUCUAUGUCAUUUAUGAAGCAUGGACACGCGGUGUUCCAUCUGAAGAUGAGGAUGCCGAAUCCUACAAACCUGCCCCCAGUGAUGAUGACGACCAAGAUAUGGACCCAGACUUCGAUGGGGCAAGCAUCCAAACCCCUGCAGGUCGAGUGCAACGCACGCGGAGCACGCGGAAGCGACCUGCUCCAGAUGACCCCCCCUCAUCAUCCCCUUUACAGCGUUCCAGACAGCUGGCCCGACUCUCUCUUGAGACGCUCGUUGAUCAUGACCGGGAUGUGGGCAAGGGGGGAUGGACGAAGGAAAGCCUGGCGAACUGGGUGGCUACGUGUGCUGCUGAAGUUGAGGAAGUUUUAAAUACCCAGCCAAGCCAAGUAUGA